AUGCCUUUUUAUGAUGAUAUGAGGGAGGACCCCAGUAUGAAUCUUACCCUGAACGCAUCAGCAAAAUGGGUAAUUGAAGCAUCACGGGGAAUCCAAAACCCUAACACACUAUUAGAGAAGUACUCCUUGAAUAGAAAAGUAGAUGAUCCCACUAGAGCUUUAGUUUUGACUUUUUAUGGCAUUCUUGUCACUAUCGGCGCUGUUGGAAAUGCUCUUGUUGUUAUUUCUGUAGUAAGAAAACCGGUGAUGAGAACAGCCCGUAACAUGUUCAUAGUCAAUCUGGCUGUCUCUGACGCGUUAGUUUGCUGCGUGGGGACACCUCUAACACUCAUGGAAUUACUAACAAAACACUGGCCCUUACCAGACUGGCCGAGCCUAUGUAAAGCCUGCGGGGCGAUACAGGCUAUAUCAAUAUUUGUCUCCACUAUAUCAAUCACUGCCAUCGCUUUGGACAGAUAUCAGCUGAUCGUGUAUCCGACGCGGCCUGGAUUACAAACAAUGGGAGCCCUCGUCACAAUGUUCUUUAUAUGGGUCACAGCAUUUGCCCUGGCAUCUCCUCUAUACAUAUUCAGAAAUUUAAAAACCCAUAAGUUUGGUCUUUUAGGAAUGGAUUCCUUAAGUUUCUGCAUAGAAGACUGGCCAAUUGACAAUGGCAGAGCUAUAUACUCGGUAUUUAGUUUGAUCUUUCAAUAUCUCGUUCCAGUUCUAGUAGUUGUAAUCGCACAUGUCCAAAUUCACAAAAGACUGCGAGGAAGGAGACGAACUACGAGAAAAACUCCUGCAAUACUAAUAGCUAUAGCUGCUACUUAUGUGAUAAGUUGGUUUCCUUUGAAUGUAUUUAAUCUUGUAGCAGAUUUCAGUACAGAGGAUCUUUUAGAUGAGAAAGCUAUGACUAUAACGUAUGCAAUAUGCCAUAUGUUUGGAAUGUCUAGUGCUGUAUCAAAUCCUUUGCUUUACGGGUGGUUGAAUGACAACUUCAGAAAGGAGUUUGAGGAAAUCCUCUGCUGUUGUAGACUUAAGAAUCAAAAAAAUAAAAAUAUGAGGAUCAAAAAUAGAAAAAUGGACACUGAAUUAACUGCGCUUGCGCAACUCGAACACACAGUGACAGCGAAUACGAAGACCUCUCAAUGCUCCCAGAUUUUC